UCACUAAGGGCGUCAGUUGGGGGCGGAGCUGUGACGGGAGCGAGCGGGGAGUUGUAGGUACCGGCAGUAGCGGCUUUCGGGCCGAACUUCGAGUGGCCAUGAAGGAGGAGAAGGACCAUAGACCUAAGGAGAAACGAGUAACCCUGUUGACUCCCCCCGGGGCCACAGGUAGCGGCGGUGGGGCUUCGGGGGACAGCACCAAAGGAGAAGAUAAGCAGGAUCGGAACAAGGAGAAGAAAGAGGCGCUGAGCAAGGUGGUAAUUCGAAGAUUACCUCCUACGUUGACCAAGGAGCAGCUUCAGGAACAUCUUCAGCCUAUGCCUGAGCAUGAUUAUUUUGAGUUUUUUUCUAAUGAUACUAGUCUGUAUCCUCAUAUGUAUGCCAGAGCAUACAUCAACUUUAAAAACCAGGAGGACAUUAUUUUGUUCAGGGAUCGCUUUGAUGGUUAUGUAUUCCUUGACAAUAAAGGUCAGGAAUAUCCUGCUAUAGUAGAAUUUGCACCUUUUCAAAAAGCUGCAAAAAAGAAGACUAAGAAAAGAGAUACCAAAGUUGGGACUAUCGAUGAUGAUCCAGAAUAUAGAAAAUUUUUGGAAAGUUAUGCUGCAGAUAAUGAGAAAAUGACAUCUACUCCAGAGACACUACUAGAGGAAAUAGAAGCUAAAAAUAGAGAAUUAAUAGCUAAAAAGACAACCCCACUAUUGAGCUUCCUGAAAAACAAGCAGAGAAUGAGAGAAGAAAAAAGGGAAGAAAGGAGGAGGCGAGAAAUAGAAAGAAAAAGACAACGAGAAGAAGAGAGGAGGAAGUGGAAAGAAGAAGAGAAACGAAAAAGGAAAGAUAUAGAAAAGCUAAAGAAGAUAGACAGGGUUCCAGAAAGGGACAGAUUAAAGGAUGAACCAAAGAUUAAGCUGCUUAAGAAGCCAGAAAAGGGAGAUGAAAAGGAAUUGGACAAAAGAGAAAAGGCCAAGAAAUUGGAUAAAGAGAAUCUGAAUGAUGAAAGAGCCAGUGGGCAGAGUUGUACAUUGCCCAAACGUUCUGAUGGUGAACUUAAAGAUGAAAAGCCUAAGAGACCUGAAGAUGAAAGUGGCAGAGACUACAGGGAGAGAGAACGAGAUUAUGAACGUGAUCAAGAACGGAUUCUUCGGGAAAGAGAGAGACUGAAGCGGCAAGAAGAAGAGCGCCGGAGGCAGAAGGAGCGCUAUGAGAAAGAGAAGGCUUUUAAAAGAAAGGAGGAUGACAUGAAAAGAGAGAAAGAAGCACUUCGGGAUAAAGGAAGGAAGACUGAAAGUACAGAAGUAGGCUCAGAAAAAACUGAAAAGAAAGAGGAAGUGGUUAAGAGGGAUCGCAUAAGAAACAAGGAUCGCCCGGCAAUGCAGCUUUACCAACCAGGAGCUCGAAGCCGAAAUCGACUCUGUGCCCCUGAAGACAGCACCAAGUCCGGAGAUUCAGCAAUAGAAAAAAAACAGGAAAGUGGUAUUAGAAAAGAAGGAGGAGAGGAGUGAUAAGUCCAAAUGGCUAUAGGUGUCCUCCUGACUGUCUAGGCAGCCAAAGAGCAUGUAUUAAGCAAUCCAGAAGUGCCUCCGGGCAAAGGAAUAGAGAAAGAAAAGGGGUCGUUGUGCUGGUAGGGUACACUGCAGAGGAGUAUGUUUUUUGUCAAAGCAGGAACCUGAUUGCAGGUUCACAUUGGAAAUACAAUUUCCUUUUUUAUGCAGUUCCUACAUAUUAACUUUUAAAGUGUCAAAGAUUAGGGAGAGGACAUGCAUUGCAAUUUGCAGGUCGGAAAUGUCAAGUGAGGACUUCAUUAGGUAUGACACGAGAAGAAAAUAAGGAAGCUGGCUCUAAACUUAAAAAGUUUUGUUAAUCCUGGAUUGAAUUUUCUUAAUUUGGGUGGAACAGAGUCACUUCUAAAAGCCUUGUUCAGAUCUAGUUAUAGUCAUUGUUAGUGAUUACUGUAGACUUUGUGUAGCAUAGCAACAAGCAUGUGGUUGUAGUGCAAGUACAGUGAAGGAUAUAACAAAUGUUCACUUAAUGCAAAAUUUAGUUAUGCCAUGUCUAUAUCCUGUGUCCUAAAAUUUUAGGAUUAGUUUUAGAUUUUUGUUUGCUUAUGUGAGCUUAGCAUAAAGAACAUUUUUAAACAUCUCCUUUUGUCUUUAGCAAUUUUUAUAUUAAUAAGUAAAAUUUAACCUUCAUUUGGUUCUUGACCAUCCAGUCUGUUUUAUCUUAGGUCUCAUGAUCUGAGUGCAUGCCCCGUCCAGGAAGGAAACUGCACCAAUAUUUGUUCCUGUUUAAAUAAGCAACUUUCAGUUUUAGUUGUUUUGCAUUGGUGUCAAUAAAUAUCAACAUCACUCAAAUAUAAA